GCUCCGAGCUGGAUAAGGGCUCAGAGUUGCACUGAGUGUGGCUGAAGCUGCGAGGCGGGAGUGGAGGUGCGCCGCCUCAGGGAGACAGACAGAUAGACGCAGUCCGUCAGUCAGAACGCUAGUGGAGAACGACCUGCACAUCUUGUUUUCUUUUCCAUUUCCUCACCAACUGCCUAGAGCUAGAGCCUGUGGCUUCGGGCUGGUGUUUUGGGGAGCACCGGGAGAGCCCCUUCUCCAGCCGCCCCCGGGAGGAGAGCCCCACUGCCCGGGCACUGACAGCCGCGGAGAGAGACGACUGCCCACCUGCCCGCCAGGGGAAGUCCAGCGAGCGGCUGCAGCGGCAAAGAACUUUCCUGGCCGGGAGAGGAGAGGGGACAAGUGGCCCCUGGUCCCAGAGACAACUUUUGCAAACCUUUCCUCCGCCUUAAGCUGCCACAGCGGCGGUAAAGAAGGCAGCGGCGGAGAGAGGAAAGAGAGGAGGGACGUGCGCCCAGCUUUGCUCACACCGGUUGCUGAACUUGGGCAAGCGCGAGCAGCGGCUGCCGAGCGGACCCCCUCCCCCUUGUAGCGGAGGAGGGGACAGUCGUUGGAGUCCGGGCGUCCGAGGCCGUCGCCGGCCAGCCACGGUGGGGUCCGAGCUGACCAGAGCCACCGGGGAAGCCGCUGUUCCCAGGAAGCCAGGUCAUCUGCGGGAUCCGAGGAACCUUUGAGCCAGACAAGCGCUCAGUGAGUGACCGCGACUUUUCAAAGCUGUGCAGAGCGCGCGAACGGACAAAUAAGAAAGAGUGCAGACGGCAUCUUAACCCUGCGUUCCCUGGAGCAAGCCGGUGAGGAGCCAAGGGGAGGACAGCCCGUGGGUGCGCGUGCUCUUAGAGAAACUUUCCUUACCAAAGGCCCGGGGAGGCUCGGGUGUUCCCCGCUUGUCCGCGCGCUGUUGCGGCCCCAGAACUUCUGCGCGCAGCCCAAACUAACCCCACUUGAAGUGACGGACUGUUCUAUGACUGCAAAGAUGGAAACGACCUUCUACGACGAUGCCCUCAACGCCUCGUUCCUCCAGUCUGAGAGCGGCGCCUACGGCUACAGUAACCCCAAGAUCCUGAAACAGAGCAUGACCCUGAACCUGGCCGAUCCGGUGGGCAGCCUGAAGCCGCACCUCCGCGCUAAGAACUCGGACCUCCUCACCUCGCCCGACGUGGGGCUGCUCAAGCUGGCGUCGCCCGAGCUGGAGCGUCUGAUAAUCCAGUCCAGCAAUGGGCACAUCACCACCACGCCAACCCCCACCCAGUUCCUGUGCCCCAAAAACGUGACGGACGAGCAGGAGGGCUUUGCCGAGGGCUUCGUGCGCGCCCUGGCCGAGCUGCACAGCCAGAACACUCUGCCCAGCGUCACGUCCGCGGCGCAGCCGGUCAGCGGGGCGGGCAUGGUGGCCCCGGCGGUGGCUUCCGUGGCGGGCGGCAGUGGCAGCGGCGGCUUCAGCGCCAGCCUGCACAGCGAGCCGCCGGUCUACGCCAACCUCAGCAACUUCAACCCGGGCGCGAUGAGCAGCGGCGGCGGGGCGCCCUCCUACGGCGCCGGCGGCCUGGCCUUUCCCGCCCAGCCCCAGCAGCAGCAGCCACCGCAGCCGCCGCACCACCUGCCCCAGCCGAUCCCCGUGCAGCACCCGCGGCUGCAGGCCCUGAAGGAGGAGCCGCAGACGGUCCCCGAGAUGCCCGGGGAAACGCCGCCACUGUCCCCCAUCGACAUGGAGUCACAGGAGCGGAUCAAGGCGGAGAGGAAGCGCAUGAGGAACCGAAUCGCUGCCUCCAAGUGCCGGAAAAGGAAGUUGGAGAGGAUCGCCCGGCUGGAGGAAAAAGUGAAAACCUUGAAAGCGCAGAACUCGGAGCUGGCGUCCACGGCGAACAUGCUCAGGGAACAGGUGGCACAGCUUAAACAGAAAGUCAUGAACCACGUUAACAGUGGGUGCCAACUCAUGCUAACUCAACAGUUGCAAACGUUUUGAGGAGAGACUGUCGGGGGUUGAGGGGAAACGGAGGAAAAAAAAUGACACGGAGAGACGGACUUGAGAACUUGACAAGUUGCGCGCGCGCGCGAGAGAGAGAGAAAAGAAGUGUCCGAGGACUAAAGCCAGGGGUAUCCAAUUUGGACUGGGUUGCGUCCUGACGGCGCCCCCAGUGUGCACGAGUGGGAAGGACUUGGCGCUCUCUCCCUUGGUGUGGAGCCAGGGAGCAGCCGCCUGCGGGCUGCCCAGCUUUGCGGAUGGGCUGUCCCCGCGCGAACUGAACGUUCAACUUUUGUUUAACAUUGACCAAGAACUGCAUGGACCUAACAUUCGAUCUCAUUCAGUAUUAAAAGGGGGGAGGGGAGGGGGAGG